AUGAAAGUAAAGGUAAAAUCUCCCUUCUCUAUAUUCAAAAAGAAGAACAUAAAAAACCCACAAGGACAAACAAGGGACAUCAAGUCAAAACCUGUAAUAGAAACCGAAGAUAAACCACGCAAACCAACAGACUUGGACGAGCGUCAACUACAUUCCCCCCCACAAAUUCAAGAACUAAAAGCACAACUAGCCAACGUAUCAAAGCAACACCAAAUAGCAAAUGACACUCUCUCAUCCACCCAAAAAGAACUCUCGCAAGUACAAGAACAGUUACAUUCCUCACAAACCGCACUCGUUCAGAAAUCCGAAGAACUAAAAAAGACCGAAACUCAGGCCUCGCGAGUGCAAAAUGAGCUCCGACAAUCCCUCUCCGAAAGCGAAAAGUUAAAGUCUCAAUUACGCCAAACACAAACAGACCUCCUGAACACGCAGACUCGGCUCAAAUCCAUAACAGUCGAACUCGAAAACAAAAAAUCCGCCCUCGGAAAGAGAAAUUCUGAAUUCGGGUUUACGACCCCACAGCUAAAUGACGCGAAAUCAGACGAAGAGUUCAAACAAUAUUCUGAAAAGGUAUUGGCCGAACUCAGUGCUACAAAAUCGCAACUAAGCACAGCUCAUAGAAAACUAGAAGAAAAACACGCCGAGUUACAAAAGACUAAUUCCGAGUUAAUAAACAUCAAAGCACAGCUCAGCUCGUCCAACAGAGAGUUUGAGAAAACCAAACUAUCGCUCGAUAAAGCCAACUCGGAAUUGUCUGCUCUAAAAAGCCAAACAGUUGCUCCGUCACCCGACAUUGAAAAACUCCAAACUGCUAAUGAUCAACUUCAAGACGAACUGAAACGUCUAUGUGCUGAAUUCAACCAGCAAAUCAAAGUUGCGAAUGAUGAACUCGAGCAGAACCGCUCUACUAUUAGCCGUUUGACCGCAGAGAUCCAAGAUUUGGAAAACGAUCUUGAAGAAGCAAACAAUCGCUGUGUUGAUUAUGAGAACAAGGCCAAAAUAGCUGACCAUGAAUUAAGCUCGGCCAAGGCACAAGCCGAUAAUCUGGCUAGCGAAUUGGCCGAAUCGCAAGCUCGACGCGAAGAGUUAGUGUCGGCGCUGGCUAUUUUGAACAACGAGUUUGACAAGUUUAAGACUGAAAACAAGAGUUCGAACGAAGAAAUCAAAGAGCUCAAAUGUCAGAUUGAUUUGGUCAAUCGAGAAUUGGAUUCGGAGAAAAAGAAAGCUAUGCAACUGGAAAGGGAAUUGGAAACAACCAGAGAAAUGCUGGAGGCUAAGGAUGAUUUGGCAGAAUUGGUUCUAAAAGUCAAGCAGGACGAGUGGAAAAAGACUGUCGAAUCGCUACGCGAGGAGGUUGCAACAGUCAGCAAGCAGCUCAACGCAACUAAACGGGAAAAGAAAAAGCUUAACCAAACUAAUAAAGAACUUAAAACACAAGCCGAGACUCUUUCCCAAAAGAAAGUUCAAGAAACCACGCGGGUGCGCGAACUUGAAGCCGAGAAUUUGAAACUUCGGAAACAGGCUGACAAGGCAAAAGAUCAAGCCCGCCAAGUUGAAGAGCUGAAGGCUGAGUUGCAGGCAUUGAAGAACAGCAACGGUUCGUCGAGAUCACGCCGUAGCCGUCGCCGUUCUAAUUCUACCGAGAAACCAC